UUUGUGAACAUUAUUAUCAGAAACAACAUAGAUUGCAGAGAGGUGUAACAAAUUCAAUUUCUCUUACAAUAUAAAAACAACAAAAAUAUGUCAUACAUAUGAUAAUCUCUUCCCCAAACCUUUGAUCAGAUGGCUUCAAUUCCCAAUUUGCAAGGGACUUGGCAUAAGCGUGUGACAGUACAAAACAGCCAUGGUGAGGAACUUGUGGGCGUGCUACAUGAAACAAAUUCCCUGGAGCUUGUAAUUAUCUGUCAUGGUUUCAGAUCAACGAAGGAUCGGAUCCCCAUGGUGAAUCUUGCUGCUGCUUUUGAGAAAGAAGGAAUUAGUGCCUUCCGCUUUGACUUUGCAGGAAAUGGUGAAAGCGAAGGUUCCUUUCAGUAUGGUAACUACCGUAGAGAAGGUGAUGAUCUUCGUGCCAUAGUUGAGCACUUUCAUGAGGAGGAGCGUUUCAUAGCAGCAAUAGUUGGUCAUAGCAAAGGAGGAAAUGCUGUGCUCUUGUAUGCUUCGAGAUACAGGGAUGUACAAACUGUCAUCAAUAUUUCUGGCCGCUUCAAUCUUGAGAGAGGCAUAGAGGGUCGCUUGGGCAGAGACUUCAAAGAAAAGAUAAACUGGGAUGGUUUUAUUGAUGUUAGAAAUAGAAAAGGAAGGUUCGAAUAUCGUGUCACUGAGGAAAGCUUGAUGGAUCGUCUAACAACUGAUACUCGUGGAGCAUGUCAAAGUAUACCCAAUAGCUGCAGGGUGUUGACAAUCCAUGGUACAAUGGACGAAAUGGUCCCAGUUGAAGAUGCUAUGGAAUUUGCCAAGAAUGUGCCAAAUCAUAAAUUACACAUUAUCGAAGGGGCUGAUCAUGAAUUCACCUUGCAUCAAGAUGAGUUGGCUUCAGUUGUGGUGGCUUUUGUGAAAGCGGGUUUAUGUGGAGACUACAUGGCUAUGCCAUCUCGGUCGUGCAAAAAAACAAGUGGAGAUAUACAUUCACGAUUUUGAUCCAAUAUCCUUCCGUUGUAUACAAGUUUACUAUUUACCAACACCAAGUAGACAACAAAAUAGCUUGUAAGUGAGCGCAGCCACUGUUGUGACUUGCAUCUCACCACUAAUGAAAUAGAGUUUUUGACGGACCAAAUGCCAAGACUCGGGGCAUCACAUGAAAGUUAGUAUUUGAGAAUGUGCAGAUACUGCAGAGGGUGGGAAAGAAAACAAGAAAAGGAUAUUAUAAUAGUAAUGGGGGUUGUUUCCUUUCCUACUUUUGCUGGGAAGAACCUUCUUUCAACUUUCUGUCAAAUUUUAUAUCAAACAUGAUGAUCGUUGAUUUAUACAUGAAGCGAAACGUUGAAAUUGCUCCAUU